CUGCCAUUUAAAUGAAAAUGCGAACAAUAAUUUUUUUAAUUUUCAUUGUGUCAUAUUUUGGAAGCUUCGUAAAUUGUCAAGGUAGAGGACAAGGUCCAAGAAACUUAAUUUUGACAGAACAAGAGUUGAAAUUCGCUGGCACUGCACUGCGUGCUGCCUUAACUUCAAAUUCUAAUUCCUAUCGAAAAAAAAAUGGAAAUCGUCGUUUCAGUGGAACCUUUACAAUUAUCGAAAGAGAUGCAUGUGGCGGACUUGAUAUUCGCAUAGAUGCUGACGUUGAUUUAGUGAAUUCAAAUGGUUAUCGACGAGACUAUUACCAAGCAGAAGUGAAGAAUGGUCCAAAACAUAUAUCAGGAAGCACAAAUGGUGGAUAUGCUGGUAGCUUUAAUUACUGAUUAUUUAUUUAUAUAGGUAAAUUAGUCUCAAAAUGGAAAUAAAAUUAUUCAGCG